GGAAGGGGAAGGGGGAGGGGGAGGGAUAGCGCUCGUCCUAGCCUCUUCCUGACUUGACACGCAAAGUAGGGAUGAGCAGCGAGCAUCAUCAUGUAUUUGCUCGACAUUCCCCUCAAUUCUCCUCUUCCCUCUUCCUCAAAGCUUGUUUCUCGCGUUGUCGGUCCGUACUCUGGCAACGCUGGUUGAACUGCCGCCCGCAUGGGCUACAACAAGGGGGAGAUGAUAGCCUUAGGCUUCAUCUUGAUGUUCCUACCCGCCAUCUUCGUGGGGUUACGCGUCUGGGCUCGGCGCCUCUGUGGCGCUCGAAUGGGCUCGGACGACUACACUAUCUUCGCCGCCUUGUUAUUCUGCACCGCAGUCUGUAUCUGUCAACUGAUCGGAGCCAUCGAUGGACAACUGGGCCAAACCCAGGCGACCUAUCCCAAUGGGGAGCCCAUCCUGGACGACCCACGGUUUCUAACCUACGAACGGGCCAAAUUCGCGCUGCAUAUGCUAUCCGUGAUGGGCGUGGGGCUCAGUAAAGCGUCGGUGAUCCUGCUGUAUAUGCGCAUCUUCCACACGCGGACGUUCCGGCGGGUGUGCCAGGUGUUCCUGGGGCUGGUCAUUGCGUGGACGGCGGUGAUGUUCUUCGUGUGCCUGUUCCAGUGCUACCCGGUGACGGCGCUGGUGGAGGGGUUCUACGGCAACAAGUGUAUCAACACAAUGGUUUUCUACAACGGGCUGAGCGGGUCGGACAUGGUGCUCGACGUGUGCGUGCUGGUGCUGCCGAUCCCGAUGGUGCUGCGCGUCAAGCUGGAGGCGCGGCAGAAGGCGGCGGUGCUGGGGAUGUUCCUGUUGGGCGCGCUGGCCGUCGCCUCCAGCAUCGCCCGCCUGGCCGCCUUCAUCGAGUGCGAGCGCGUCCUCCUCACCCACUACAACAACGAGACCUACUACACAUCCGGCGUCUUCAUCUGGACCGUUGUCGAGCUGGCCCUCGCCAUCAUCAGCGCCUGUCUGCCCACCCUGCGCCCGCUCUUCUUCUACCGCAGUCGCGGCGGCGUCCCCACCGGCGACACCUUCAAGCUGACCCACGAGUAUCACGAUCAUAUCCCCUCCCGCCAGGCGCGGUACGGUCGCCCCACGGACACAAUCGAUGAGCUGGAGGUCCCCGUGCUGAGUGACCGGAGUGGUCCCCCGGCCAGUGUGCAGAUUCAGAUUCAGCGCACCUCCUCCCACGAGCGUCCGCACCCGACCGAUGGGGUCAUCGUCGUCGAGCACAGCACGACCUGGACGGACGUCGAGGCCUUCAAAACGGAUAUUGCAAUUGCCAAGUAAAGCUCUCGUGGUUUCUCCCAUGAAUUGUAUGCUGGUAUGAGUAGCCGGAUCAUGUUUUUUCCUUAGUUUCUGCUCUAGUUCUCCAUAGUGAAUCUGUAUAUUGGCCUAGAUGAUAUGUGUAUGAAGCGCCAGCUGUCUUCCGUCUAUGCGCGAUUCGGGUUAGUAGGUCUUUUCGCUAGUGCUUGAUUUACA